UUUUGUUGUAGAAAUAGUUAAUUAGAUGUACAUGUAAAGGACUGUACAGAGAGAGAGAGAUGCACGAAGUGAAGGGAUGUAGUAGUAAACCGUAGCACCAAUAAAUACACGUAUAUGUUGCACAUGGAUCUAUAUAAUGUAGCCAUUGCCAUUGUGUAGAGCUGUAAAAUAUACUGGUCACGAUCGAGGACCACAACCAUGCAGUACCGUUUGUUACUUCUUCUCAUAGUAUGGCUUUUGGGCCAUCACGGUAUCCUAACAAGUGGGUGCUUCGAGAUCGAAAGGGAGGCACUCCUUACCUUCAAAGCCGGUAUUAUUGAUACGAGGAAUCGCUUGUCUUCAUGGGCCGGUCCAGAUUGUUGUAGUUGGCAGGGAGUGGUCUGCGACAGCAACACUAGCCAUGUUGUGAAGCUUAACCUUCAAAACAAGUAUUCAUCCGAUUAUUCCCUGCGCGGUGAGAUCAAUCCAUCUUUACUUGUUUUAACUCAGUUAAGUCGCCUUGAUCUUAGUGGGAAUGACUUUGGUGGAAUCUCUAUCCCAAAAUUUAUCGGUUCGUUAAAAAGCUUGAUGCAUCUUGAUCUCUCUAGUUCUAAUUUCAGCGGUGAGAUGCCUGUGCAACUUGGCAACCUAUCUAAUCUUCGCUAUCUUGACCUCUCUUAUUCAUACUUCAUAUGUAUAAUACCUCCUCAGUUUAGUAACCUGUCUCGCCUGCAUACUCUUCGUUUGGAAUAUCCUUUUGCUUUCAGUGGCACUUGUGUUGAUAACCUUUCAUGGCUCCCUCAUUUGUUUUUUAUGAGGGUUCUUCAUUUAGAUGGAGUGGACCUAUCGAAUACUACGGAUUGGUUAGAAAUAGUAAAUACAUUGCAUUUUCUAACAGAAUUGUCUUUGCCGGGAUGUCAUCUUACUAACAUUCCAACAUCUCUUUCUUAUCUCAAUUUUACAUCCCUGAAAUUUCUUGAUAUUAGUGAUAAUGGUCCCUUCAAUACCACCCUACCAACUUGGCUGUGGAAUCUUACCAAGCUUUCCUAUCUUAAUCUCGGAAAUUCUGGAUUUCACGGAAAGAUCCCACACUCCCUUGGAAACUUAAUUUCUUUGAACACCCUAUAUUUAGAAUCUAAUAAUUUUGAAGGUAAAAUACCUACAUCAAUUCAAAAUUUGUGCAAUUUAGUAAGUAUAGACUUGAGUUCUGUUGGCAUCGGCGGAGAUAUUGCAGAGUUGGUAGGGCCGUCGCAUUGCCCAUGGAAGAAUAUGGAGACACUAAUGUUAGGAAAUAACAGGCUUCACGGGAGUUUAUUUGGAUGGCUAGAGGAGAUGAAGAAUCUAAGUUCUCUUGAUCUUGGCAAUAAUUCACUCGUAGGGCCUAUUCCUCCUGGAAUUGGGAGACACUCAAAUUUGCAACGGUUAGACCUCUCUUAUAAUUCCUUGCAAGGUCUCAUAUCUGAAGCUCAUUUUGCCAAUCUAUCAAAGUUGGACGAGUUGACCUUAAGCUCAAAUUCUUUGAUCAUUGAUGUGGAUCAAAAUUGGAUUCCUCCAUUUCAACUUUCAUAUCUUGCUUUAGAUUCUUGUCAAUUUUUGCAUCCUCAAUUUCCAGCAUGGCUUCGAUGGCAAAAGCAAAUUGACUUUGUAAGUCUGUCCAACACAGGGAUCAGAGACACUUUGCCUGAAUGGUUUUGGAAUUUACCAUAUCAAUACUUAGAUCUCUCUCGUAAUCAGAUUAGAGGCAAGUUGCCCAUGUCCUUGAAGUUUACAAGCCUAGACACUCUUAUUUUGACGUCUAACAGAUUUGAAGGCCCAAUUCCAUCUUUGCCAAACACGCUUGUAACAUUAGAUCUCUCAGAAAAUUCUAUAUCAGGACCCCUCCUCUCACCAAUCUCGAAUAUGCUGCAAUUAAGUUAUUUGUCACUAUCAAGCAAUCAGAUUAACGGCAGUAUCCCAUCUUACAUAUGUGAACUAAUAUAUCUAGAAGUUCUGGAUCUAUCAAACAACUCUUUAUCAGGAGAACUCCCUCAAUGCUGGAAUAAUUCAUACCUUUUAAUCUUGGAUUUGUCGAACAACAAUCUUGCUGGUAAAAUUCCUUCUUCAAUUGAUUCACUGAGCUCACUCACAUCUUUGCACCUCAACAAUAACAACUUCUAUGGAGAACUUCCUUUGGAAUUGCAACAUUGCAAUAGUUUAGUGCUUCUUGACCUUAGUAACAAUAAAUUCACGGGGGAAAUUAUUAGCGGUGUUCGUGCCGUGUCCGUAUCCUAA